AUGAAAUUUAUAUAUUUAGUCAUUUUGGGAAUAGUCAUUGUGGAAAGUAGAUAUUAGUUCACUUUUUCAAUGAAUUCAGCAGAUAUUUAUAAUGCAACACUACAAUUUAGAACAGAUGCCUAUGUAAGUUAACUCAGUCUUAGAUGUGAUGUAUAGUAUUUACUUAGUCUUAGAAUCUUACUUACGAUGUUUGGAAAUCAUACAACUAUUAGUAUCUUGAAGUAUCUGCAUCACAAAGAAGAGCUUAUGAGUGUUCUGACACUAAUUUCACUCUUACAGUCUCCAAUGAUUUCAAUAAUGAUGAGAUCGUAAUCUCAGUUUAUGAUGCAAACUUCUAUAAGGAGAUAUCUAGAUUCAAUUUUUUAUCAAAUAAUACAAAUACUCCUUAAUAAACAUUAACUGAUAACUAAGCUUAUUUAAAGUCUCUUAGUUAUACUAUGAAUGAUUUUAAGAUUACUCUCUAUUCUCCUUAAGCAAUUUAUAUGGAGAUAUUUAAAUGUUAGAAUUCAUACAGUUAGUUAUCUGUAAAAGGCUAUGAUUAAAAUAUGCUUUACCAUAAUGUGAGUAAAAUGUCUUAUAAAAAUGCCUUUUUUGAUGUUAUUGAUGCUAAUAAUGGAGAUUAUUAUUAUAGAUUAUCAUAGAGUUCCUAUUCUUCACCUGAUGUAUUUAUUAAGGUAAUUUUAAUAAUUUAUUUAAUUAGUAUUAAACUGCUCCUUCAUAUUCAAUUGAUCAUACAAAAAUAAAGGAAUAUGGUGACAAAUAUUAUACUCUUAGUGGAUAUGUGAGUCAAGGAAAAAUACAUGUUUCAAUUCCAUGUGUUUAAGUUACAAAGAAUGAAAAUGUUGAAUUUCAUGUUACAGUGAGUUAAGAUUCAUAUGAGGGCAAUUACUUUACUUGUAUCUAAGGUGAUAAAAGUCUAUAUAAUCAAUAUGCAUAAAACUAUUAUUCUGAAUUUAUAACUUUCUAUUAGAAUAGAAGUUAUGGAAGUGAAAAUAUUGAAAUCGAUUUUCCUAAUUAAGAACCUGGAUGGUAUAAUGUUAGAGUUUCAGCUAUAGUGAAUCAUGGUUAUAUUAAAUAAACAAUCACUUAUGAUAAACUUAUAAUCUAUUAAGAUUAUAGGAUUUUCCCAGACACAUUAUUAGUUCAUGUUUUGGCCCCUAUUAUUGUUUCUUGUAUUGCUUUGAUAGGUUUGAUUGUUGGAUCAUGUAGAUUUUCAGCCAAAAAGAAAAAGAUGCAAUAAUAAGACUUAUUGCAAUAGUAUUAAAACAACAUAAAUCAUAAUAUACAAAUUUAAAGUCAUCCUUCAUAUUGA